GUAAAGAUAAAGGCGAUUCAUUCACACAUAAAUAGUUGACUUCAUAGGAUUCGUUGUGCACACCCUACGGAACUUGACCAGCUGUUUUCCUGUAGCAUGUGAGCCAUUUCAGUAACCUAUACGCAUAUAAGAGCUGUUUAGGAAGUAGGCAUGGAUUGUCUUCCAACGUCGUUUGAAGUUUGUGUUACUCGUUCACGGAAGGCCGCUGUCAACGCUCAGGAUAGGUUAAACGACUACAUUAAAGCAAAGUCCUUGGUUUGCGUCGAGCUAUAUCGGACGGCUGUCUUUAUAUCAAGCCAGAGGAGGGGAACGACUCUCCAAUUUGAAGGCUGGCAGGCAGAUGUCCCCGGCAAUGCCAGCCCAAGCACUCUAUACAAUCUAAAAUUUAAAAAGAAGGGCUUUGAGGAAUGCUCCUUGGUGGAGCUCCUAGGGUCCCAAAUCAGCAACCUCGAUUCCUUUAGAUCCGUUCUCCACAAGGGCGCAGACGUGUUUGUGCAAAAAUGUUUGGAAGACAAAGGAAUUUACUCCCCAUCAGCUCAGCUGAACUACGUAACCUACCUUGCGGAGGUGACACGUCCAAGGGGUCAUGAGAUAGGCACUGCAGGUGGCUAUUUCUGGCUACAGAAACCCUGGCUCAAGAAAAAGAAGGAGCUGGAGAAUGCUUUUGCAGCAGGCAGCCAGACAGCUCAGGCAGUCAGCAGUGUUCAGAAUAGGCGUUUUAUUCCCACAGCUUCGCGCACUCUUCAGGCGCAAACUGGCCUAGGCUCACUGGGUGGUGCCUCCAGCAGUAUGCACGUUGCAGCGGCUGCACCCUCCACACGAUUGGUGCCUUGGCAAGCCUCGGGGCAAGUGAGGCAAGCCCCAGCCAACGUACAGCUGGCCUAAGCCGCUGCACAAGCCCUGUACUGUUAAGUGAGGAAGCACAAGGCUCCGCCGAGGGAGACUGGGGGGCUGAUCUCCAGGGCCAGCGGUUAAUGAGCUUAUUUGAGAUGGAGCCAGAUGAAGAACGCCUUGGCGAUAGGGAGGCCUCGCCACUCACCAGAAGUCCCAGCUGGGAGCCGCAGGCCUACCCUCGCCUGGCUGGACUCAUUAGAAGCCGUCGAAAAGGCGUUGCAGGCAACUCGUCCGCCAGGAGUCCCCGCUCAGAGGCCUCCCCUCGCGCCGAUGGACUCCUUAGCGGCAGUCCUCAGGGCGGUGCAGGCAACUCGUCGGCAAGGAGUCCCCGCUCAGAGGCCUCCCCUCGCGCGGGUGGACUCCUUAGUGGCCGUUCGCAGGGCGGUGCAGGCAACUCGUCGGCAAGGAGUCCCCGCUCAGAGGCCCCCCCUCGCGCGGAUGGACUCCUUAGCGGCAGUCCUCAGGGCGGUGCAGGCAACUCGUCCGCCAGGAGUCCCCGCUCAGAGGCCUCCCCUCGCGCGGAUGGACUCCUUAGUGGCCGUUCGCAGGGCAGUGCAGGCAACUCGUCGGCCAGGAGUCCCCGCUCAGAGGCCUCCCCUCGCGCGGGUGGACUCCUUAGUGGCCGUUCGCAGGGCGGUGCAGGCAACUCGUCGGCAAGGAGUCCCCGCUCGGAGCACCAGCAGGCACCCCCUCGCGCGGAUGGACUCCUUAGUGGCCGUUCGCAGGGCGGUGCAGGCAACUCGUCGGCCAGGAGUCCCCGCUCAGAGG